AUGGCGGUGAGGGCUGUGGUCCUGAUGCUCUGCGCCGGGGCCUGGGCUCCAGCUGGGGCCCAGGACGCCAUGGGGCCUCAUGCUGCUGUCCGCGUGGCCGAGCUGCUGACCCCGGAGGAGUGCAGCCAUUUCCGGUCGCUCCUAGAGGCCCCCGAGCCCGACGUGGACGAGGAGCUGUCCAGGCUCUCCGAGGACCGGCUGGCGCGGCCCGAGGAGCUGGUGACUGCGGCGGCGGCGGCGGGGUCGCGGCGGCGCCAGCUGCGGGGGCGUCGGCGUCGGGAGGCGGCCACGGCCAGAGCCCAGGGGCGGAAGAGACAGCCAACGAGGCCCGCGGAGGUCUCCGACGGUUGCCGGGAGGCGCUGGCGGCCUGGCUGGCUGCCCAGGCCCCAUCCCUGUCUUGGGACCGCUUGGCCCGGGCUCUGCGGCGCAGCGGCCGCCCCGACGUGGCCCGGGAGCUGGGCAAGAACCUCCACCAGCAGGCGACGCUGCUGCUGCGCAAGUUCGGGGAGCGCUACCUGCCGCUCCCUCAGGCCGCGGCCCCGGCCCCGGCCCCGGCCCCGGCUCCCGCCCCGGCCCCGGCUCCCGCCCCAGCCCCGCGCGUCCGCCGCUCCGCCGACGCCGCACCCAACUGGGACGAGCUCGAGCUGAUCGUGGAACGCCUGCCGCAGCCUCCCUACGACCGGAGCCCCGCGGGCUGGGCCGGGCCGCUGGCGCUCGGCUUCCUCAGCGGCUUCGUGGGGGCGCUGGGAGUCGGGGCACUGCUCACCCUGCUCACGCUGUGGGUCACCGGGGGCGACGGCGACCCGGCGCGGCCCCGCGGCCCCGGCGCGCCCGCCACUCUUCCCCGCCCGAGGCCGACGCGCGCCGGGGCGCGGGACUGCGGGGAGACGGAGCCGCUCCUGAGCGGAGGGCGGCUGCAGGCGGCCUGGGCCUGGGCCUGGGCCGUCCCGGGCCGGAAGGCUCGAGCUCCGCGCGGCUGGCGCGCCUGGGAGGACGGACUAUAA